AUGGAAUUCCUUCACAAGCUCACCAGAAGUAGAAGCAAAGACAUCUACUUCUGCCUUCCACAAGAGUCUUUAAGUCAAGGAAUUCAUACACUGGUGAAUGACGGUGAUUACAAAGAAUUUUUGGAUUUGGCUUAUGCAAAUGAGAGGAGAAUGAAUGUGUAUGUGGACCACCAGAAUGAACCAAUCUUCGAAUGGAUUGAGGAAGGGGAAAAUGAAGAUCAAGACUACAACUGUGAAGAGGAUGAAGACUCAGUCUUGUCGGACACUUAUUCUGUUGACCAUGAAGAAGAUGAUGCUGAAUAUCUAUUCUCAACCAACAAAACCAUGGGUGACAGGUUCUUAAACAAACUUUGUCUACAUACAGUAAAUGUAGAUGAUGUAUAUGAAGAUGUUCAGUAUGUUGAACCUCAAUACCCUGUGCAUGAUGAUAGACAACCAUGGAAUCAGAUGAAACCACUGUUAGUAUGUCACCUCUGUAAUCCCAAAAAUGAAACCCUAGUCGCGCAUAUGGCACUUGAAGACGAAGAAGAGGUGCAGCAGCGACAACAACAAAAGAGUAUCAAAACGUCGGAAAAUCCUCCAUCAGUUCCUACGCUUCCGGCUGAGAUCAUUGUCGAAAUUCUUAAGAGGCUUCCGGUUGAAUCGCUCUUGCGGAGUAGGUCUGUUUGCAAGUUAUGGUGCUCUAUAAUAUCCGAUUCUCAUUUCAUCAAAUCUCAUCUCAGUUUGUCAACUAGUAACAAUCUCUAUACACAUCAUAGAUUUAUAUUCAAUACUUUGACAACAGAAAGUCGUAAGAGUUAUCUCAAGAGUUGUCCUUUGUAUGAUGUGUUGCAUGUUGGAUUUGUUAACGCCUUACGGCCUUAG